AAACGACAAAAUGAUCUGACAGCGCACGUUUGCGAAUUCUGCGAAGUCUUAUCGUUGUUUUACUUAUUUUUUUUACGUCUGAUUAUUGUUUAUAAAUUGAUUGGAUUCUCGAUUAAUAGGGAAGAAAUUAUAUACAAGAUAAUUAUGCAAGUCUCUGGUGUAGAUACAGGCGAAACUGAUCAGAUCGGCAAACUUGGAACAUAUUGUUAAGAAUAAUAGAAAAUUUACGCUUGGGUGACGUAUCGCGGAAUUGUGAUUAUCAUGAUAGCUAUUUGCAUUUGUUCUACGGUUUGCUGCACGCGUAGUUUAAUGUAUUGAUUUGAUCUACACUUUGAGAAUGUUCAAAUUACUGUGUUCAGUAUUAUGAAAUUUACUGAGAACUUCGUUAUUUCAAUGCUUACUCACCGAUUUCAUAAUACAAUUUGCAUAUUUUUGUUAGUGUACGUGAAAAUUCGUUAUGUAUGCUCACUGUUAAUUUCAUUCACGUACGUUCCUUAUCAAAGAAUUCUAAAGAGCAGCUUCGUGUAUUAACAAUAAAAUGAGAAAAAGUAAUACUGCAACGGAACGUUUCAGAAAUUUCUCUGACAUCAUCAUUAUCAUUGUUUGCUAUUGAUUAUCGAUAUUGGACUUUGUUACUAUAGACUAUUAUUGCGAGGAUUACAAUAGCCAGAUAAUUGAAAUGUCUCCAUUAUGACAGAUCCAUCGAUAUUUUUUAAUAUCUUUUUACAUGUCGGAACUUUAAAGUAGUCACGGCAUUUAUUGAAAUAUCUGUUAAAUAUUGUUUUUAAAAGUGCUUGAUAAUAUUAAUCGUAAUUCACAUACGUAUUAAAUGCAUCGGUUUGUUGAUACAGGAUUCGGCAACUGGCGACACUUUUCUACCACUUCGUCGAGAUGUGUGCGAAUUCUUACGAGUGCCCGGUGUAUUUAAAAGUCGGGAAUGUAAACUGUGAUUAGAGUAGAUUAGACAGGUAAACGUUACAUCACGUAGGAGCGUGAUAGUAUAGUGUUUCAAAGACGAACGAGUGUCCUAGUAAACGUUUCCCACAUGGCGAAAGGCGGGCGUGUACCAGACACGUUGCAGCAAGCGUCUUUCUAUUCGACCCUAACCGCGGAGGAGAGGGCUCGAACCGACCCUUGCACGAGGGCUAGGUGUGUAAUGAUGUCCUCCGGCGACACGUCAACCCCGACGCAAGCAUCGAUAUCCUCCACGGGUUUCGACACGGUGGAUGACGUGAUAGCGGAGAAGAAAGAUCUGGCGAAGAAUGACAUCCCGUUGACCUCAAUAAAACCGACAAAAUCCACAGAAAUAAUCACGAUCGAUCCCGAAGCGAUAGAGGAGGCGACGCCGAUACUGCGCGAGACUCAAUUCGCAUCGUCGGAGACAAAACCGAAGAUGAAGAAUGGUAUCGACACCGACAAGAAGAUACCGCCUCACGACGAGAUUGCGGACGAGUGCCUGAUUAAUUGCAUUUACUACGCACAAGAGUGCUGCGUUUGUACGAUAUUAUGAGUCCGGUCGGAAUCCCUAGUUAAAUAACGUUAUCGGAGAAGUAAUAUGCGCACGCGCGUCUCGUAACUUCUCUCGACUCGAAGACGUCUUUCUUCGGCGGAAAAUUUAGGAUCUGACAUUGCAAUAAGUGUGGAGGCAUCGUUGCGAUAUUUUGUGAUAUACAAGAUGUAUCAUUGAAAAAUCAGUGCGACGUGAUGUGUAGAAAAUUUUGUAGAUGUGUAAAAUAAAUGAGUGCGGGUGAUUCGUUACACAGUAUUUUUCGGAGCUGUCGCGCGACAGCUAAAUAUCGACUGUUUGAUUAAGAGCGAGAUCUGAGAAUUAUAAUUAUAUAAAUAAAACGUAGAUAAUUAACUUAUAUUUUUAGAACAUAUUUCCACGCAAGAGGAAUUUGUUGGACCGUAUGUAAACCGUACACUGCCAUGACGUUGUAAAACUUGCGUCGCGAGAAAAAAACAUUAGAAAAAUCAGUUAUUAAUCCGUAAGCACUCACGUUUCUUAUAGAGUGUUUUAUAGAGAAAUAUUAAUAGAUAUGGCAAGUCUUAUAGAAAAAGCUAUUUGCGUCACCAUGUCUUCCUUAUGACUUGGCAUUAGCCAUAGGCAGCGAGCUGAUGUAUUAACAUCAAUAAUAUUAACGUUAUAAUAACAUCAAUUUGACAGUAUUAAUCGCGAUAAUUAUUUAGAUAUAUAUCAGAUAUUCGUAUUUGUCUACAAUUUUGUAAUUUUUCAGCUAUGGAAAUAAAUCCGUAGUAUUUAGGUGACGUAUAAAUUCUUUGGGAAACGGAAAUAACAUAAAUAUUAAACAGCAUUUAUCAUAUUGGCAUAAGGAUGCAUUUAUUACAAACGAAGAAUAACCCGAAAACAAUUUCCUUCUGUUUUUAAUAUAUAACUAGAAGUAACAUGUUUUUAGCGCAGCUGAUGAUUAAAUCGGAUUUUGUUUUAUA